UCCAGCGAGCGGAAAGGUCCUGAGCCUGGUGUUAGCGGUUUGGCUCGGAGCUGUUUGUUUUUGUUUAGUUGUUUUUGUCUACGCUUUGUGUCCGGUAAACAAGAUGGCCGGCACCGCGUUAAAGAGGCUCAUGGCUGAAUACAAACAGCUGACCCUGAACCCACCUGAAGGCAUCGUCGCAGGUCCGGCCAACGAGGAGAACUUCUUCGAAUGGGAGGCGCUCAUCAUGGGUCCAGAGGACACGUGUUUCGAAGGCGGCGUCUUCCCCGCCAUCCUGAGCUUCCCCUCGGAUUAUCCUCUCAGCCCUCCGAAGAUGAGGUUCACCUGUGACAUGUUUCACCCCAACAUCUACCCAGAUGGCCGGGUUUGCAUCUCCAUCCUUCACGCUCCGGGUGACGACCCGAUGGGAUAUGAGAGCAGCGCAGAGCGGUGGAGUCCGGUCCAGAGUGUGGAGAAGAUCCUGCUGUCUGUGGUCAGCAUGCUGGCAGAGCCGAACGAUGAGAGCGGCGCGAACGUCGAUGCGUCUAAAAUGUGGCGCGAGGACAGAGAGCAGUUCUACAAACUGGCUCAGAAGAUCGUUCGCAAGUCGCUGGGCCUGUAGAGAUGAUGUCAUCACGCCGCUCUGCGUGUGUGUGGUGGCGCGUAGCUCGGAUACAGACUGUGGAGCAUCAACACUGUUACCAUGGAAACCUUCAACGCACACACACGCAGAGCUGCAGUUUGAUACCUCAAUGAACUGAUGGAUCAGAGGCUGAUAGGAUACAGUGACAUCACCAGGAGACCCAGCAGCAGCCUGUCAUGACCUCAUUUCCUGUUUGUCGCCCCUCUUCCCCUGCUGUUGGCUCAGAUUGAAGUUUCUCAGCGGAUUGUUUGCACUUUAUCUCCUCCUGGUGGUCACCGUGGUGGACUUCAGUUUGUUGUUUUUUUUUUUUUUUUACAGCUGAGCUGAAGGAGUUUCUCUAAGUUUCCUUUCACAAAUAGUUGGUUGAAAACAGAAUUUUGAUCUCUUUGUUUCUCUGAUUUCUUAUUAGUUUCUUUGUUGAGAAACUAAGAGCUUCUUUUUGUUUCUGUUUCUGGUGUCAAACUGAUUUUAUAGCAUGUUGACUUAAACUUAAUAAAGCAGCGUUUCUGUUUUA